UAUGUAUUUAAAAAUCUAGUUGGUGUUCCGUCUAGAAUUCUCUUUAAACUAUAUGUAUUUUUUAUACCGUGUUCAAUUAAUAGUUAAAGACAUUUUUACAAAAUGAAUAGGAUUUUUGCUUUAAGCAAUUUCCGACGUUUAGUCGAUCACAAUAGAUUUGUAUCCAUGAAAAUAACAGCAGAAGGAAAAGAUGUACCAAAAAAGAAGAACUUUGAGAGUCGGAUAACUUUAAUAGGAUCCGAUAACUCCGUUAGUAUCACAGAUCUAAAGAGCGCACAGAGUUUAUCUGUCAGACGAGAUUUAAAACUAGUUAAAAUACAAGAUAUCGACACAAAAACUAGACGUCCAGUUUAUAAGUUGUUAACAAGUGCUCAAUAUCUGGAAGAGGAAAUUGCAAAGAGAAAAGAAAAGAAGAUUUCUAAAGAAAGUCUACUUAUAAAGGGACAAAAAUUGAUCACAUUAACAAAUAGAAUUGCUGAAAAUGACCUCAUGACAAGUGUGAAGAAAAUGAUAAAACUCUUAGACAAGCAAUUUGAAGUGAAGGUUGUUGUGACUGGGCCAGACAGUGAGGCUAUGGAAAAUCUGGAUAAAAUAUGUUCUGUAAUUGAAAAGAAUACAAAAUCGUCAGGCAAAAUUGUUCAAAAAAGGAAUAAAGGGAACAGUUUGCGAUUUCAGUUGAUCCCGGUGAGAGAUAAAUCUUCCCAAAAUGAGAAUGAUGACUCCAACCAGAACUCAGAAAAUAAAGAUCAUGAAAAAGGCCCACUAUGACUAGCAGUUGUUUUUUUAAGCAUUUUAAUAGUAAAAUAUAUUGUAUACAACAAAUAUUAUUUUAAAUCAUCUAAACAAGACGAUGUAAAAAAUGAACUUAAAUCAUG